AUGUUCCUGAGUGCCGCUCAUACUCUACUCCCGUGUGGUAAGACCAGCACUGUGUUCCUGAGUGCCGCUCAUACUCUACUCCCGUGUGGUAAGACCAGCACUGUGUUCCUGAGUGCCGCUCAUACUCUACUCCCAUGUGGUAAGACCAGCACAGUGUUCCUGAGUGCCGCUCAUACUCUACUCCCAUGUGGUAAGACCAGCCCUAUGUUCCUGAGUGCCGCUCAUACUCUACUCCCGUGUGGUAAGACCAGCACAGUGUUCCUGAGUGCCGCUCAUACUCUACUCCCUUGUGAUAAGACCAGCACAGUGUUCCUGAGUGCCGCUCAUACUCUACUCCCUUGUGAUAAGACCAGCACAGUGUUCCUGAGUGCCGCUCAUACUCUACUCCCGUGUGGUAAGACCAGCACAGUGUUCCUGAGUGCCGCUCAUACUCUACUCCCAUGUGGUAAGACCAGCCCUAUGUUCCUGAGUGCCGCUCAUACUCUACUCCCGUGUGGUAAGACCAGCACAGUGUUCCUGAGUGCCGCUCAUACUCUACUCCCUUGUGAUAAGACCAGCACAGUGUUCCUGAGUGCCGCUCAUACUCUACUCCCUUGUGAUAAGACCAGCACAGUGUUCCUGAGUGCCGCUCAUACUCUACUCCCUUGUGAUAAGACCAGCACAGUGUUCCUGAGUGCCGCUCAUACUCUACUCCCGUGUGUUAGUCGCGGCCCUGAAACAUCUCGAGUUAUAACAGCAGUUCUGGGAGAAGAAUCAGAUCCAAGUUGCUCUGUCUUCUUUCUUACUGACGGGUCCCCAUCCUUCACCCAAGUUUUCACGCUGCGGCAGGAGUCCAGGUGUACGACUGUGGUGGUGGUUAGUGAUGACGCAGUCUUUCUGGCAGCCUUCUUUGAGUGCUUGCUGAAGAGCCGCCUCCAGGAGUGGUCAACUAGGAUUCUCGUCGUAACAAGAUUGUCUCUAUCGCACAUGCAGCACCUCUACUGGGUCUUCUCUACGACGAACUCCAUGUUGCUCGUAGUGGAAGACAUUCCUGAAACAUUCAGACUUUUACGACAGCCGACACUGAGAGUGGCGACGGAGGCCUUUUACUCUAAAGAAGUGGGAGAUGUCCACAAGGACUGGGGACAUGAAGAUCAUAUGCUGAACUACCUGGCUCAAGGGCUAAACUUUUCGUACAAGUAUGUAAACCCAACUGAUGGUACUUUUGGCUCCAAGCAGAGUGAUGGGUCCUGGACCGGCAUGGUGGGUAUGGUGAUCAGGAGGGAAGCAGACUUCGCCAUUGGCCUGUUUGGAAUCACUGAGAGUCGCAGUGAGGUGGUGGACUUCACCUGGCCAGUGACAAUACAGUACUGCAGGAUCCUGGGUAGUCGAGGCAGACCGGUGGUGGAUCCCUGGGGCUUCCUGCUGCCUCUAGAGCUGCCUGUGUGGGCAGCCACCCUGGGGGCGCUCAUUAUACUGCCUCUUGCACUGCUGCUACUGUCUUCAUGCUUGUUGAUCAAAACUAAUCAUCACACCUGGGUUAAGGACAUUUUUGACCUGACCAGAAUAUUAUUACAGCAAGAUUACAGGACUUGGGCGCUGGCAUGGUGGAAGAGGUUGAUCAUUGGUGGGUGGGUGAUCAUGGCCUUAGUGCUCAGUAAGAGCUAUGGUGGAAACCUCAUGUCAUCGCUGGCAGUGAGACACAUACAGCAGCCCUACCAGAGCAUCCGUGACGUGCUGGACGACCCCUCUGUUACCAUGCUGUGGCAGACCAACUCAACUAACGUCCAGUACUUUCAUUCUGUCAAGUCUGGGAUCUUUCACGAGGUGGCGGAGGCUGAGACCAAGGGUCGCCUCAAAUAUAAACUGCUGCAUGAGUUCCCUCAUGCCAUCAACACCCUGGUGAAGAGAGGUGAUCACGUCCUCAUGGAUCUGGAGAUCGUCAUAACUAUGUUCAUCGGCCAGUACUUCACUCAAACAGGUCGUUGUGACUUCUACUCGUCCAGAGAGAGGUUCCUGCCGAUGCUGCUCUCUAUGAUCGGUCAUAAGAACAGUCCUCUCGUCCCAGCUAUCAGUAGGAGAAUCAUGUCGUUGACAGAGGCUGGGCUGUACGACCAGUGGUUUAAAUAUAUCGUGCCAAAUGAGACUUCCUGUAUAUAUUUUCCCACCAAGAUAACAGUCAGCACGUCCCUCUCGCUCGAUAACUUAUGGGGCAUGUUUAUGAUCCUGGUCGGUGGUCAAGUAGUGGCCGUGUUUGUACUGUGUAUGGAGAGCAGCAGUAAGUUCAUCUCUGUCGACUAAAUUACUCCGCCGCAAGUGAGCCGAAGUAUCUUUUAUCUCCGGGUUUCCAUAUACAAGGUGUUUCAUAAAGUUUAAGUUAAAUAAAGUUUGUCAGUCAAUAAAAGAUACAGUUUGCAGCUAACAAUAAAUAAAACUUUAGUGCAUUAUCUAAAUGUUUUGUAUUGGUCUCAAAUAAAAAUUAAA